AUGGCAAAUUUUAAAGGAGUUAUUUCAACGAUAAUAACGAAAAAAUUCAAUACUAGACUAUCAAACUCUAUAUCAUCAUUAACGAGAAAUUUUAGUAAUUCUUCAAUAUUAAAAUCACAAGAAUAUUAUUUAGCAAGAUCUCCAAAAGGGGCAAAUUAUCGAUUACAUUUAGCUAAAUCAAGGCAUUUGGUAGGAAUUAGGACAACGAGAGGAACAAGAGAAUAUAAUGAAGAUCGAUAUCAAGCAAUGGUAUUGGAAUUAUCUGAUAAUAAAACUAAACGAGACGAUGUGAUCGUUAAUCAACCGAUUUUAGAUGACAAGAAUAUAGAGAAUGAAGAAUUGGAAGGAAAAUUUGGUCAAAUUUGUUAUUUCGCUUUAUUUGAUGGUCACGGAGGUGCUCAAUGCGCAGAUCAUCUAACCGCCAAUUUACAUAAACAAAUUGAAUCUGUUGAAGCAUCCGAUGCUGAUGGAAUUGUCACAGAGUUUCGAAAUAUUGGAGGUUAUUUUCGAAGAUUUAAACCUCCAGUAUUGGAAACGUUGUUAAGCCCUGAAGUUGCCGACAUUACUCCUAAAAAGAGGCCAAAUAAUCAAAAAUCGGGUCGAGAGUCUUUGAGAAAAUUCUCUUCCUCAACGCCAUCACCAACGAUGUUAACCCAAACGUUACCGCUUCAAACCGCUCCUACCGUUACAACCCAAUCACUUUCAUCUCAUUCCAACUUAUCAACAAAACCACUUACAUUGGAACAAAGAUUAACGUUAGCAUAUUUAAAAAUUGACAUUGAAUUAAUGAGUGUAGUGGAAUAUAAUUCUAUAGGAUCGACAGCAUCAGCUGCAUUAAUUAAAUCAUUAGACAAACGUCCAUUUUGGACAAGCAAUGACAUUGAAAUUACGAUAGCGCAUGUUGGUGACACGAGAAUAUUACUCUGUGAUGCGGAAAAUGGUAAUUCCAUACAAUUAACAUUUGACCAUCAUCCAGGUUCAAUUUCAGAAGUCGAAAGGUUAAGUAAAUCUGGUGGUUUUAUUAUAACGGAUUCUUUUGGUGCUGAAAUGUAUUUAGGUAGUUUAGCUAAUACAAGAUCUUUAGGUGAUGCUAGAAUGAAAAGGUUUGGUAUUUCUGCUGAACCGGAAAUUUCUAUUCAUCAUAUGGUUGGGAAGAAAUUUGCUUUUAUGGUUUUGGUUUCUGAUGGCAUCACUUCUGUAUUAAGUAAUCAAGAGAUUGUUGAUUAUUUGAAAGAUUGUGAUAAUCCAACUAUUGGAGCAUCAAAAUUAGUUGAUCUUGCUGAUGAACUUGGAUCUAAUGAUAAUAUGACGGCAAUGGUUAUAAGGUUACCAGGUUGGGGAACAUCAAUGCCCGAUCAUACAAAAGAAUUAAGGAAAUAUCGACUUGAUCAAAAUUUUACAAGCCGUCGUAGAUAA